CUGCGAAAUCCCGUGGCCGCCGACGCGUCUCCGUCCCACUUCGAGAGUAUAUCAGGUUUUCCAAAAAGGGACGGUAAGAGCAGGAGCAAAGGCGCGGCGGCGUCAACAGCGUCUGAUCUGGACCCUUGGCUUGAGCUCAUGCCGCAGAUGAGUAUUAAUACACCACCUGAAAUAAACCUGGGUGGUCGUAGAAUGACCUUCAACGGCUAUCUCCCACAAGAUAGUAGUCCGUCAACAAGUGAAGAUUCCGAACCCGCGGAUGAACCUAGUCCUGCAGUGUCGCAGGGGCGUCAACAAGAAGCAUUCAUUACUGCAGAACGGAGUAGAGGCGAUGUGAAGGUGAGAAGUAGCCUGUUACACGGCGACAGAAAGAAAGCCUCGUCUAGUUCGGGAACAAUAGGUGGUGGUGCACCAUCCGAACGCGCAACGCAUCCCAGCAGAGGCUAUCGCUUGUGCGAAGCGGGGCCUGCGAAUAAUGUACCACUAGCGAGUGGGAGUCGACUGGUAGAUGACACCACUUGCAGUGGCAAGAUGCAGAAGCUAGUAGGUAAAGAACUGGAUGCGUGGAUGAUGGGGAACGAAGGACGGUUGUCUUCUUCGCCAGCCAGUGUUUUAGUGCAUCAGUCAAUCCCGAACAAUGUCCCUGAAGCGACGGUACAGCAGAAUAAACUUUUUGCAAGUCAGCCGAACACCACUGGUUACGCCGAAGAUGGUAAACCUAGCAAAAGCAGAGGUCGCGCUGGUUCCAACGAGUGGGGCAGUCCUUUGUCGGCCAGUAAAGCCGCUAUAAAUCCAGAUCAAGUAAAGGAGGCCUACAACACAACACUGAUGCCGAACCACAAGCAAGCGCGCCGGGUACCAGAGGCGAAGGGGAUGAAGGCUAGUGUUUUCGCGAGUGCGUCAUCGUCUUCCACAAUCUCUUCUGGGAAUGGGGAGUUUCGGCAGGAGAAUUAUUUCCAUGUGCCUGGUGUUCCUUUAGAAGUGAGCAGUGAAUCUGCAUCCCCUCCAGCGUUGCAUGGACUUGGAGGCGCUCCGCUGUCGGUUAGAAACAACAGCGUCCGCGAUAUGAGUUGUCCUUUCCAGGAUCGUGACGGCGAUUAUUCGUCCGCGUCGAAUUUCUCGAGGACGCCGUCUCCACCCUCCGGACCUACAGGCCCUCUUGGCCAAAUAUGCUAUCACCGCACUCCCGCCAGGCUUUUCACGACGCCAACCACAGGAACCGUCGUGGCUGGGUCCCACAAUAUGGCAUUGAGACACGCGCACACCAGCAUGGUACCAGCAUCGCCGGUGUUCUUUUCUUCACAGGAUGACGACGCUUCAGGAAGUAGUCGACCUCUCGACCUCGAGGGCACUGGUGUCGCUUUGGAAAGUUCGGAUCAGCGCACUAGCUCAAUGCGCGCAGGAGCGUCUUCGUCGUCCUCACCUCCAGCUUCUAGGUCCGAUGACGCUCUUGCUUCGCGAAGUGAUCCGACAUCCAGUGGUGGAGGCGGACACGAGAGACGGAUAGCGCCAACGAGCAGCACAAGGCGUAUCUCAUUCAAGGACAAAGAGGACUCACGAGGCGAAAUUUUCGACCGACUCUAUCCACUGGCACUUCAGGAAGCCGAGGAGCUCAUCGAGCAACGUACCUAUUGGAAUGCAACAGCCUUGCAGUAGAUGAAUUUUUAGUUUUUAGCGUUCAACAGCUUGUUUUGAGUUUCAUCUUUGCUGUAGACAGAUCCCCAUGAAAUAACUUGUUUUUGUCGGUUACUACGCUAUCGAUAUUCAUUGUGGAAGAACGCGACUCCUAUGAAACGCAAAUUUCCGCUUUUGUAAAACAAGAACAGCAGCUCGUGGACGUGGAACUGUUCACGGCUGGCAGCUGCAUCAUUCUGUAGUAUCUGGUGUGAAACAUUUCUAUUAAAUUUUUACUAAUCACAACAGAUCCACAACUUUUUCAUUCGAGAACUGCGAGGAGAGAGUGGAUGAUGGUCUUAGCGCAAAUGCCACCUGCAAACUCGAGGAUCAAAAGCCUGACGAUGGAUUUGGGUGCCAGAUUCCUGAGCAUACCGAAGGAUGAGUUGGACAUGUCAAUGGAGUAUCUGCAGUUUAGAAUGGCAAUGUCGGACUGGUGGAAGAAGCGCCUGGUACUGUUUUGAAUUCUAGUCGUAUGCGCCCACUUUUGUCAAUAUGCCCAGAAUUUAGCUGAAUGUUGUUGAUGGAAUGAAGAUAUUGACAAGUGUAUAAGUUUGUAGAGGUUGUAUUAUUAUCGGAGGUUGUAUUGCACUCUUCGUCGUUGAGCGGGUACAUCAACUGAUCACCUAAUCAUUCAAUCAGUCGAUCAAUAAAAUACAGAUACGAGGGACAAAACUGCGGGGUGACGAUCCUUUGCAGCGGCUCGCAUCCCAAGGAGACGGUCAAACGUAG